GGCACAGUCAAACAUUGAACUCCGUGGAAAACAGUCACGUUUUUCAAGUUUUCAGUUUGGAAAAAUUGUAUCGGUUCUGCGGCUCACAUUCCUCACAUUCAAUCCAUGGACACUGAAGCGAGAACCGAAGUCGCCCGAUUGUGGCGUGUCUACAAGACCAUUCACCAACUCGUCAGCCAUAGGGGAUACUUGGUUUCUCAAUCAGAAUUGGAGAUGGAUUUGGAUACUUUCAGAGACACAUUUGCGCGAACAUCAGACAUCGACCGGGAUCAACUUACUUUCUUGGUUCAAAAGAAGGACGACCCUGCUGAUCAGUUGUUGGUGUUUUUCCCAAAAGACAAAUCCGUUGGUGUUAAGCCAAUUAGAAAGUACGUCGAACGUAUGUUGACACAAAACAUCCCCAAGGGCAUCAUCAUUUUCCAGCAGACCAUGACUUCUUCAGCAAAUAAGGUCAUUCAAGGAAUGUCGGCUAAAUAUCACCUUGAGUCCUUCCAAGAAGCCGAGCUUUUGGUUAAUAUCACACAGCACGUCCUCGUCCCUAUACACAUCGUUCUUUCUCAGGAAGAGAAGUUGGCCUUGCUCAAGCGAUACCGACUAAAGGAAACUCAACUUCCAAGAAUACAACAAACUGAUCCAGUGGCACGAUACUAUGGUUUGAAGCGUGGACAGGUCGUCAAGAUCAUGCGUAACAGUGAAACCAGUGGACGCUAUGUCAGUUAUCGACUUUGUUUAUAGAGAGGGCACAUUCACAAUAAAAUUUUUUUCAUUCAUAUCUUAAAUCAACGUGA